AUGACGCUGCGGGAAGCGACGCUGGAGCGCCUGACGAACGAGACGAACAUCCGCGUGUACCUAUCGCUGGAUGUGGACCCUGUGAAUGCGCCGCAGCGCAUCUCUGUCGAGACGGGUAUUGGCUUUCUGGACCACAUGCUGCACACGCUCGCCAAGCACGGCGGCCUGUCGCUGGAGCUGAAGUGCGAGGGCGACUUGUGGAUUGACGACCACCACACGGCCGAGGACUGUGCGCUGGCGCUGGGCGCCGCCUUCAAGCAGGCGCUCGGCCCGAUCCGCGGCGUGCGGCGCUUCGGGACGGGCCAUGCGCCGCUGGACGAGUCGCUGGCGCGCGCGGUGGUCGAUCUGUCGUCGCGGCCGUACUGCCACACGUCGCUGCAGCUGACGCGCGAGAAGAUCGGCGAGCUGAGCUGCGAGAUGAUCCCCCACGUCUUCCACAGCUUCGCGACGGAGGCGGGCGUGACGCUGCAUGUGGAUGUGCUGCAUGGCAGCAACGACCACCACAAGGCCGAGCCAUCACACGCACCGGCAUGA